GUUUGCAGGGAACCUCUAAUGCAUCACAGCUUUUGGAUUUCAUUAUGUUUAUGUAUUUUUAAAUUCGUUUUGUGGGUUUUGCUCUUGCGGAUCACAAUGCACCAGACAGAAUCUGUCAAAACAUAGGAUCGCUGUGAAGAGGCUGAGAGUAACAGAAGAAGACCUAUAAAGAUUGGUGAUAAUGCGGGAUCAUACACUGAGCGCUAAUGUAGAGGAGGUGCUGAGGCAGUCCCAGAUGGAGUUAGAGUGGUUCCAGAAACAGCUGGACAUGAUCACCACCAGAAACAUGCACCAUCACCACCUGCACACCAAGGGCAAGUCAAGGUAUGAGGUUUCAUCUCGGCAAGCUUCAAGCCGGUCAGUCUACAGUGUGAACCGCUUUCAACUGCUGGAAGAGAGAAACCGGGCUCUGAGGCUUGAAGUAGCCACACUUCGCCAGGAGAAACAUCAGUACAGGAAACUGAGAGCAAAGCUCUCUGCUGCUUUGCAGGACAAAAAUAAUCUGGACCUUGAGUUGAUCAGCCACCACCUGAAGGCAUCCAAAUAUGACCAGGUGCAAUCAGACUAUGAACAGCUGAGACAGACCUUUGCUGUAGUGAACCAGGAGAGAGACGUGGCCCAGCAGCAGAGGAGCCAACUCCAGGAUAAAGUGGAGAACCUGGAACAGGUUCUGAAGCAUAUGCAUGAGGCUGUAAAGCUGAAGCAGCAGCUGCAAAUAGAGCAUGAGCAAGCCUUGGUGGCCCUUCACACCAAGCAGAAGGGGCUCAAUCAACUGCAAAAGGCUCGGGUUCAAACUGACCAGGAGCAUGAGGAAGCAAUACGCCUGUUAGAGGUCAAGAGUUGUGGCCUGGAGCACAAAUGCAGGUCACAGAGUGAACACUUUCACCAGCUGUCCAAAGAGCUGCUGAAUUUCCAUUUGCAGUCAGAUACUGUGGACAUCUGUAAAAUUAAACCCACCUCCACAACCCAGAUCUCCCUCUCACCAGACAGGAAACUCCUACAAGUCAUCUCUGGAUUCAGAGCCCUUUCAGAGACAGGCAAUGAAAGCACAGCAAACACGUCGCCACUGAUCUCCCAGUUCUUACCCUGCACAGCGCAGACUGGAGACGGAGAACGACAGGCAGGAGAACUGCUGUCUGUCAUACCCAGCACCGUAACAACGGACCAACCCAGCAGCCUUCGACGGCUGACCCAGUUGGAGAUGGAGGAUGAGACCAUCUCAUCACCCAGGUCCAAGCCUCGCUACACAGGCCAGGUCCGCCUUUGCACUGCCCGUUACAGUUAUAACCCUUAUGAUGGACCAAAUGAGCAUCCUGAAGCGGAACUCCCCCUUGUGGCUGGGAAGUACCUGUAUGUGCAUGGAAACAUGGAUGAUGACGGAUUCUAUGAAGGGGAACUGCUGGAUGGCCAGCGAGGACUUGUCCCUUCCAACUUUGUCGAGUUUGUCCAGGACAAGGAAAAACCAGUGGCUGGGGAGGAGGGAGAAGACCUGGGCCCCCUGGAUCAUACACCCCUGGCCUUGGUGGCAGUGGAUGGAGGUGCUUCCCAAGAUAGCCUUCUGGGAUCAGCUAACGCCUUGGUUCCCUGUAGCAAUGGGACAGGAGGGCCCCUGGACCCUGAGGACCUGGCUGAAGAUGUUGUGCCUUAUCCCCGAAAGAUCACCUUGAUCAAGCAGUUGGCACGGAGCGUCAUUGUGGCCUGGGAGCCUCCAUUUGUGCCUUUGGGCUGGGGGAACAUCUCUGGCUACAACGUGUUAGUUGAUGGUGAACUUCGUGCCAGUAUACCAUAUGGUGGCCGGACCAAGUGUUUGCUAGAGAAGCUGGACAUGGAUGGUUGCGUUCAUCGUGUGUCUGUGCAGAGCGUCACUGACCGGGGUUUGUCAGAUGAGUUGCGCUGCACCUUGCUGGUGGGAGCCAACGUGGUGGUGGCACCUUGUGGCCUGCGAGUGGAUGACAUCCAGCGUGACACUGCGGAGCUCUCCUGGUUGCCUAGCAACAGUAACUAUGGUCACACUGUGUUCUUGGAUGGGGUUGAACACGCGGUGGUAAGGCCAGGAAAGUAUAGACUGCGCUUUGUCAACCUGAAGCCCCUGACGGUUUACAAAGUGACAGUGGUAGCACAGCCGCACCAGGUGCCAUGGCAACUGCCACUGGAGCAGAGAGAGAGGAAAGAAGCUGGUGUGGAGUUCUGCACUCAGACUGCAGGUCCAACACCAUAUUGCAGAACAGGCCCUCCUCUGCCUCCCCAGGAUGUUCAGGUGCUCUGUGGGCAGGCUCCAGGGUUCCUACAGGUCCACUGGACGCCUCCCAUCCUCUCUCCCACAGGCACAUCCAAUGGGGCAAACGUUAUUGGUUAUGCAGUCUGCACUAAAGGGAAGAGGAUAGCUGAAGUGUUGUAUCCAAUGGCAGACUAUGUUACUGUUGACCUGACAAGGAUUCAGUGCUUGGAAGCCAGAGAAGUCAUCGUCAGGACGCUGUCAGUACAGGGGGAAUCCCAGGACUCCCAAGUUGCCCUCAUUCCAAACAAUCUGCUCGUGCCUCUCCUUCCACUUCCUCUGCCACUGCCAAUGCAUCCCCACGCUGGGCCGUCUCCACACCCCCAUGCUCAACCCCACCUUCAGUCUCCUCACCUUCCUCAUGCCUUUCCCCAACUUCCUGCUCCACCCCAGGCACAUGGACAACCACUCCCACCCCAUCCUCCACACCCUCAACCCCACCCCAGGCUUCCCCACGCAGGAGAGCCCCCUCAACCUCAGUUUCGUCCCUCACAUCCGCAGACCCAGCCCCUGCAUCUUCAGCCUCACCCACUCCACCAAGGUCCCAGGCCUCAGCACCAACUGCCUCUGCUACCCCACCACCAGUCCCACCCUAUACCUCAGAGACCAGUAAGUGCCAGAGACCUGGAUGCCAAAGAGCACACAGUCCACCAUGGGGGAGCUGUUCCACUUGGCCAGCCUGGUUGGGACCCUACACGCUCUCCCUCUUCCCAGCCUCCUGUGUCCAUGCAAGGCCACACCCUUGAGGCCCCUCCUCCUACCAAUCUGCGCUCCCCCUCCCCCCAGAGGAUUCUUCCGCAGCCCCGAGGCACGAUUAUCCCAGACACUGUGGCCAAAGCCAUUGCCCGAGAAGCAGCGCAGAGGGUGGCAGCAGAAAGUGGCAAGGGGGACCGGAAGCAGGGCAGGUAUGGAGAGCAGGGCCAUUCAUUUCACCAGCAUCAUUCUGAUGAGGAAGAGGAAGAUGAGGAAGGGUUUGUGCGUGGCCGCCGGAGAGGACCUUCAGUUGAUGAGUUCCUCAGAGGCUCUGAGCUGGGGAGGCUGCCUCACUAUAGUCACAAUGAAGAUUAUCACAGCGAAAGCAGCCGUGGCUCUGACCUGUCUGACAUCAUGGAAGAGGAUGAGGAGGAGCUGUACUCUGAGAUGCAGCUGGAAGAAGGACGCCGGCGCAACUCGCACAACACACCCAAGACGAACACUCCUACUGGAGGCCAUCAUGACCGGGAGACUGGAAGAAGAAUUCAUCAACAGAGACGACCUCUAAUGGUCCCUUCCAUUGAGGUAACCUCUGAGAAUAACAGUGAGGGAAACCUCUCCCCCAUCACCAAGGAUGUUUACUAUGGCAAAGUAGCUCGGCAUUGGAUGUGGCCAUCCCGCAAGCACAUGGGCAGCACCAGGUCUCCCCAUGAUGGAUACAGGGAUCGGGAUCGCCGCUCUCCUACGUACUAUGAUGAGUCAGAGCCUGAGGAGUCCUUCCGGAUCUUUGUGGCCCUCUUUGACUAUGAUCCACUAUCCAUGUCCCCGAACCCAGAUGCAGCUGAUGAGGAGCUGCCUUUCAAAGAGGGGCAGAUCAUUAGGGUGUAUGGAGAUAAAGAUACAGAUGGGUUUUACAGAGGAGAAGUGAGGGGCAGGAUGGGACUGAUCCCCUGUAAUAUGGUGUCAGAGAUCCGAGCAGAGGACGAGGAGAUCAUGGACCAGCUCAUCAAACAGGGCUUUCUGCCACUCAGCACCCCAGUGGACAGAAUAGAGCAGAACAGGAGAGGACUUCGUCGAGAUCAGGCCUCGAGGAGGAUGGUGGCUUUAUAUGACUACGACCCUCGAGAGAGCUCCCCUAAUGUUGAUGUUGAGGCUGAGCUGACCUUCUGUGCUGGUGACAUCAUUGCUGUAUGUGGAGAUAUCGAUGAAGAUGGGUUCUAUUAUGGAGAGAUCAAUGGCCAUCGUGGUCUGGUUCCCUCUAACUUCCUGGAAGAAGUGCCUGAUGAUGUGGAGGUGUAUCUGACCGAUACUCCAUCCCACUACCCCCAGGAAGAGCCCGCCAGCCGGCCCCCUGCCAACUCUGCCACCACCGUCUCAGAGGGCAAACGGAUUUCCACUGAAACCACUGACACAGCCGACAACGACGCCACACCUGUCAGAGCACCGUCUCCGAUUGUUCGUCCCCUCCUGCCUGGCACCAUGAGACCCCUCAGUCCUACAAGGGGCACCCACACCCCGCUGGACUCCCAAGACCCUCAAGACCUAGCUAACAAGAAGAAGAAAGGACUACUUUCCAAGGGGAAGAAACUGUUGAAAAGACUCUCUCCUGUGAAAUAGAAACAAAACACAAACACAUACAUGUACAAUAUGUGCACAUGUUGGGCUCUGUAUAUUGCAUCCAUACAAUCAACUCUGAUCCAACAACACAGUGACAGAGAGGAUAUCAGUUUUGUCUCCUGGACUGUGUGAGGUUAUCUGAAUAUAACCAGUUAAACAGUUAAUCCUAUUUGUUGAUGCAUACAAAUCAACUAAAUUAUGUACAGUACAGUGCAGUGCCAAAAUCAAGAGUGAGAUCGCCUGCAGACACAAAAAUGUAUUACUGUGAUCUAUUUUCAAUCAAUGGAUGAUAUUACAAAAAAAAAACAAAAACAAAAAAAAAACUAGGAUUUUCAUGACAUGUAUUUUCUCUCUUAUUUUUGAUUAGUCCAAGAACUUUUACAUUUAUUUCCAGCAGGGUAGCAUUAACAACAAUGCAUCUUACAUAUUAGUUUCCUACAGGUUUUUCUCAGAAAAACAUCCAUUUUUCUGGAGUAUUGAUGUCACCACAAGGAAACAGACAUCAAACUCUUCCAAGAAAAUCCGAAGUAGACUACACUGUUAUUGAGGCAUUCUGCGAAGUAAUGCUGGCUGCUAACACAAAGGCUUUAUUCAGUGCAAUAUCAUAGAGAGGUGGUUGUGUAUGUGGAAAGACAGGAUACAUUUCCACUUGUAUUUGUGGCUUAGAGUUUUCUAGGGGGAAAUGAAUUCAAAAGGAAUAGCAGAUUGGCAACAGGGCAUUAACGUCAGAAACGUCUCAGUGGCCUUUAUGAAAACAAUGUGAGCUUGACAUUCCUCAUUUGAUAACAAUGCUGAUUUUCACCAGGUUUCUGUUUUAUAUGACGGGUCACUUGUGCUUAGUCACGGUUGAGGAUUAAAUAAGAGCAGAGAUGUUUGUUAUUCUCACUGUCACACUGUCAUGAAACGCCUAGUUCAAGACAAAAUUUUGUGUCUGUCUUCCUAUUGCACAAAUAUGGGUGUUUUGUCUGACGACUGGUGAAGGUUUUACGUGCCUGUGUGUGUGUACAGUAUGUAAGGCAGAAUGCGAUGCAUUCAUGUUUUACAUCUUUCAUGUUUCUUGUUCACUUCUGUUUUUUGCUGAAGGAGAGGCCAUGUAGCUAUUGGUCCUGUGAUCUAGUGUCAUGCUGCUACCUCCAUUGCCUGCGCAUGGUUUAAUUUUGUUGUUUCACACUGAUAGAGGCCCAACAGUGACGCCUCAUAGAAGCUCCAAAUAACAAUGACAAGACAUGUGUUCUCUGUUCCCUGUUGCAUCUAUCUAAGACUGAUGGAUAGAAACUUAUUUAGCUAGAAUACACAUUUUGUAUCUGGUUACACUCAUGCUCUACAUACAGUAUUACAGCACAUAAAGGCGACACAAUACAAAGUUAUCACGUUACACAGCUUAUCCACAUGUAAAAGGGUGCAAAACAGAUUUUACCUUAUUCCUAUGAUCUUGAUAAUGUAACACUUUAUGAAAUAAGCAGAUGUACUUGAAACCUGUAGAGAUCAGUCUGACUAGUAAGGCCAAUAUUCUGUUGUUGCUCCAUUUAGUUUGUUGACACACUGAAUGUUUAGAUAUUUAAUAGAGUUGUCAGAAACAGACAAACUCAUUUGCAUAAUGCCACAAAAAGAUUUGCAGCAGAAAAUGUGAUCAGAUCAGCAGCAACUGUAUAAUAUCCUGCAGGUUGUUACACUGACUAUCUGUGAAAUCUGUUUUCCAUUCCGUGUCAGAGUAAAAGCUCAAAAA